AUGGCUAGUAAACUCGGUAACGACGGCGGUAGCUCCAGCGAUGUCAAGUCUAAGCGUAUUUCCGCCGGCGUUUUGCAAUCGAUAACAUCUCUUCUGCUUCUCUGCGCCAAGCAAACGAUUAUAGCUUCAAAAAAGUUGAAAAACAAUACAAAGAUCUCAUCGGGGACGCCGAAGAAACUAAUUUCCUCCAUAAGCAACAAAGCGAUCAAGUUGCGCCACCGGAUGAAGAGAACGGGAGAAGAAGGCGGUGAGCACGGAAACGACGGGCUGUGGCGGAAGGAGAUACUGAUGGGGGAUAAAUGUCAGCCCCUGGAUUUCUCCGGUGUAAUCUAUUACGAUAAAGACGGGAACCUUCUGAGUGAGUUGCCCAUUCGAUCGCCCCGUGCAAGUCCGUUGCCGGGCUAUGUUUGUACUCCGGCGAGGUCCAGUUGGACCUCAACGCCGCGGCGAGAAUUGUCGUCUCAGUGA